ACCGUACAAUCUUUUUUUUAUUUGACGCACCCUGUACAGUAUAUUUAUCUUCAUGUCAAACAUGAAAAUAUAACCUAACUUUUUUUUGUAUAACAUAACCUUUAAUUCGCGUGGAAUACGAAAAUGUUUUAUUAUGACUUCUCCUAAAAAUAAAAAGGGCUCCACCAGCUGGUUUCUAUGCGAAAAAUGUAACUGCAGCGUAACGCAGUCAGACAAAGAACGCCACUUUGCGGACUGUCCCCCAGAUUUAACGACCAGCAGGACACAUAACUUUGUACUCGGUGCAACUUUAUAUGGCACUGUCGAUUUAAAACCAACAGAGGAGAUAAAAGGAUUAACGCCUCAGGAUUACAAUAAUCUAGUAUUUUUAAGUCAAUCCGCCAUCCAGCUUUGCGAAUUGUGCAUCGGAGAGCACGCUUUAGUUUACGAUGAUAACCAAGCGUACGCGUUACGUGUGUGGCCCACGGUAGAAAAAACACUAACAUCGGUUCUACUGACUAAACGAGGCUUAGAUCGAACUUUUGAUAUAAACACCUUAGUGCGAGUAAAGAGGUUUGAUCAUAAUGUGACGGCAGCGCGACAAGUUAUUCUCAAGCCUUUAGCACAUUGUAACAUUGAAUUAACGCACGACGUUAAUGUACGGAUACACAAGGCUUAUUUAAGACAUUUUUUAACUAAGGGAAAUAAAAUCACCAUUUUCUACUUUGGUGUGUUUUUAACAUUCGAAGUGAUUGAUAUUACGCAACCCGAUAAGGAUCUGGUUCAAGCAUUGCAAGGUGCGAGUCUCGAGCCACAGUUUUUUCAAGUUGUCGAUAGUACGAGCUGGAAUAUAUUCAGAAGUGAGUUGGAGUACAAGCAAAAAAAAGAACGUAGUCUCUUGGAAAUAGGCGGUUUGGAUAAGGAAAUUGGCGAAAUUAAGGAUAUCAUCCACAUUGCGUUAGGAAAAACAAAAGCCGUUUCGCAAUCGCUUAUUAGUCACGGAGCAUUACUGUACGGAUCACCUGGUGCUGGUAAAACAAUGGUGGUCAAUGCGUUGGCCAACAAUAUUGACGCACAUGUCGUUAAGAUUACCGAUGGUGAUGAUCUGGAGGUGACCUUUAAUGAGGCUAUGAAACGUACACCGUCACUAAUAAUUAUUGACGACAUAGACACAUUAUGCCCGUUACGCACUUCGCGCAUAGGCGAUCUCGAAAAGAAAUUCACGAGUAGUCUGCUGGGAUUUUUCGAACAGAUCAACUCUGAAAGUGCAAAGGCAUUCGUGAUAGCCACCUCCAAUAAACCGGACGCAAUUGACUUGUCGGUACGACGUUGCGGUAGAUUCGAUCACGAAAUCGAAAUUCCCACUCCAAACCAGUCGGCGCGCUACGAUAUUUUGUCAAAACUGUUGCGCAACGUUCCGCAAAAUAUCGGCGACGAUGAGCUGAGGGAUAUCGCGAAUGUGACUCACGGUUUCGUAGGCUCGGAUCUUGUUUUGCUAUGCGCUCAAGCUGCUUUGCGAGCGGCAACUUUGAAAUCGAACAAAUUGUGUGCCGAGCAUUUCAGGUUUGCGCUUACACGUGUCAAUCCUAGUGCAAUGCGCGAGGUUCAAAUUGAGGUACCCAACGUGAAAUGGUCGGACAUAGGAGGACAGGCCGAUCUGAAAUUAAUCCUGCGACAAGCGGUGGAGUGGCCGAUCAAACAUCCCGAAAGCUUCGUUCGGCUGGGAAUUACGCCGCCGCGCGGCGUGCUGAUGUUCGGUCCGCCCGGUUGCUCGAAGACGAUGAUCGCCAAGGCGCUCGCCACCGAGAGCGGUCUCAACUUUCUGUCGAUUAAAGGUCCGGAACUGUUCAGUAAAUGGGUGGGCGAAUCGGAACGCGCAGUUAGAGAGGUAUUUCGUAAGGCGAGACAGGUGGCGCCCUCCGUUAUAUUUUUUGAUGAGAUCGAUGCGUUGGGCGGCGAACGAAGUUCCGGAUCGAGUACGAGCGUGCAAGAGCGCGUUUUGGCGCAGUUACUGACGGAAUUGGACGGCGUGACUCCUUUGGGCGACGUAACUGUUUUAGCUGCGACGAAUAGACCCGACAAAAUUGACAAGGCUCUUCUGAGACCGGGUCGAUUAGAUCGUAUCGUUUAUGUUCCCUUGCCUGACAGUGAUACACGAAGGGAAAUUUUUAAAUUAAAAGUGUCAAAAAUGCCGGUUGUUGAUGUUGACUAUGAGGCGUUGGUUUCUUUAACGGAGGGAUACUCGGGGGCUGAAGUGAAUGCAGUUUGUCAUGAAGCAGCAAUGAACGCUUUGGAGGAAAGUUUAGAUGCGCAGUCUGUGGAGAUGCGACAUUUUGUUCGAGCGUUACAAUUGGUUACACCAAGAACUCCAGUUGCAUUGUUAACUAUCUACAAAAACUAUUUGAAAUAAAAAUAUGUUUACUGACUA